AUUUCCCUCGGAAACCCCUCUCUCUCUCUCUCUUCGCUGCUGCACUUACAGACACAGUUUUAUUCUCUCUGUUGGAAGCCUUGACAAUGGUAAAGAAAGAUCAAAACCGGACAUAUAUGGAACAAGAAAGCGAAAGGGUUGAAGCUGUGCUCAAUCUCCUCAGACAACAAGCUCCUUUCUCUCUCAAACAGGAGAAGUUCUGUAACAAGGCUUGUGUCGAGAGGUUUCUGAAAUCCAAAGGUGAUAAUGUGAAGAAAGCUGCAAAGCAACUCCGAGCUUGCCUUUCCUGGCGAGACAGUAUCGCCAUCGAUCAUUUGAUGGCUGAUGAAUUCUCAUCUGAGCUCGCCGAAGGAUCAGCUUACGUCGCCGGCCUCGACGACGAAUCCAGGCCCGUCAUGAUUCUCCGAAUGAAGCGUGAUUACCAAAAGUUCCAUUCCCAGAAACUGUUUACUCGUUUACUGGUGUUCACACUGGAGGUUGCCAUUCAAACCAUGCCCUCGGACGCUGAACAGUUUGUUCUUCUCAUCGACGCGAGCUUUUACAGAUCAGCAUCGGCUUUUACUAAUAUGCUGGUGGGAACACUGAAGACAAUAGCCGAGUACUAUCCCGGACGGCUUUACAGGGCUUUUGUGAUUGAUCCACCUUCUCUCUUCCCUUAUGUUUGGAAGGGCGUACGCCCAUUUGUUGAGCUAUCGCCCGUGACCACGGUGGUCUCAUCACUCGACUUCGAAGACCCGUUGGAGUUCAAUCACUUCUCAUCCUGUCCACAAGCCUCGUCCCUCCGAUUCGACCCAUCGACGGCCAGGAUUGGCUCCUGCGUCUCCACUCGCUUCUCCGUCACCGUCUCUCACCAAUUAAACGACACGUCAUCGCCCAAAAUCAGCCCAACUGUAGGCCCAUCACCUUCUCUUCCCGGCGCGGCCCACAUCUCGCCCCUCAACGGCCGGUCCUUCUCGUUCGCAUCUCUGGUCGGCAGGACGCCACGUGGAGCUAUCAGAGCCGGCCAAAAGGGCUUCUUUCCAUCAACGCCGUUGCCCCGUAAAUUGGACCCCGUGAUGGGAACCCACCCGAGAAGGGCCCUCAGGCCCGCCUUGCUCCGAUAUCCGGCCCUGAUGUUCGCCAAGCAGUGCCACGUCAGCGGGUCGGAAAAGCCUCGCGAUUCGUUCCGGCCAUUCUUGAAGUUCUACCGCUGGGCGUACGAUGAGAUGACUUACAGGUCAAAGAUGAGGCCACCGUUGGGUGGGCUCAUUUCCAUCGUCUAUCCCCAGCUUGGGCAGCGCAACGUGUCGGCAUCUCAGCGGUUCUAAUC